CUAGGCAAGGCCUUUCAACUUCCGGCUAUUGCUCGUGGAAGAAGACGAUUCGCCGGUAUUGUAGUAACCGGUUAAUGAAAUAGCUGUACACUUUUUCUGGAUUCAUCAUGAAAUUUAGGAUAGCUAUUGUCGUGCUUAUGCACGUUUUCAUUUCUGCAUUAUGUAAACAAAAUCAGGAUACUAUCGACAAAAAUAUAAUUAUUUCGAAAGUAGAGAGGAAAAUUGACAUAGCCACCCAUUUGGUAAAAACAACGUCAACAAUCACUUUUGAAAACAAAGGGACAUCAGCUCUGAGAUCAGUACUACUUGCAAUCGACCCUACUCUUAAAGAUAACCUUUCCUACAUAAGUGCAGUUGGCAAAGAUAACAAAGAUGAAAAGCUUGCUGUGAUUGAGACAUCAGUCAAUGGACACAGUGACAAGAGAUUCUUUCGUGUGACUUUGCCAUCUGCUUUGGAUGUUAGUAAAUCUGUCACAGUUGAUGUUGAAGCUGUGUUCUCCCAUAUUUUACGACCAUAUCCUUCUGAAAUCACUCAGGCAGAGAAACAGCUGGUUGUUUUAGACACAAACUUGUAUUUUUACUCUCCCUACACAACUGUUAGUCAGACUACUGUUGUUCAUACAGCUAACUCAAAUAUCGAAUCCUAUACCAAGACUAAACCUGUCACCCAAAGUGAUUCAACUAUUACUUAUGGACCUUUUGAUGAGAAAGCUCCUUUUUCAGAGGCUCAGCUGAAAGUUCAUGAAGAAAACAACAGCCCAUUCCUUUCAGUAACUACUAUGGAAAGAAUCGUAGAGGUGUCUCAUUGGGGAAACAUAGCUGUAGAAGAACAUAUUGAUAUGAGACACUCAGGGGCUACCCUUAAAGGUCCCUUCUCUCGCUUUGAUUAUCAAAGACAGCAAGAUGGAUAUGCUUCUAUUAAGAAUUUUAAGACCUCACUACCAGCUUCAGCUAGAGAUGUGUACUAUAGAGAUGAGAUAGGUAACAUUUCAACCUCCAACAUGAAGGAAUUAGAUGAGUCUGUUGAUGUGGAACUUAGACCAAGAUUUCCUUUAUUUGGUGGUUGGAAAACCAGAUACAUUUUGGGAUACAAUGUGCCCAGCUAUGAAUAUCUUUACUACAAAGGAGACAACUAUGCUCUGAAAAUGCGCUUUGUUGAUCACAUUUAUGAUGACAUGGUAAUUGAUGAAUUACACCUAAAAAUUAUUUUGCCAGAAGGAGCAAAAAAUGUUGAACUUAAAACCCCUUUCGAUGUUCAACGCAAGGGUGAUGAGAUUCAUUAUACAUAUCUUGAUACUCUUGGACGUCCUGUUGUUGUUUUGAGUAAAACAAACCUUGUAGAGCAGCACAUUCAAGAUUUUGAGCUCCACUACACAUUCCAGAAAGUUCUGUUAUUACAAGAACCCUUUCUGGUUGUUGCAGUCUUUUACUUCUUAUUUGUAGUUGUCAUCAUCUAUGUCCGCCUGGAUUUUGCCAUAACAAAGGAUGAGGCAAAGGAAAGUCGAAUGAGAGUUUCAAGUUUGAUUGAUGAGGUCCAGAGUGCUCAUGACCGCCGCAGUGCUCUCUAUCAAAGCUUUGAUGAUGCUAUCAACAAGUUAAAAUUGAAUAAAGAUAGCAAUGCCUUUUCUGCCAGUCGCAAGAAGAUUGAAGCAGAUUAUAAACAGUUAACCCAGCAAAUAAGCAACCUGCAAGCCCAACUUAAAACUGAAGGAUCAGAAGCUGCAGAAAAG